UACGGUAUGAAAAUGAAAGCAGAGGUGAAAGUGUGCAAGUCGGUAACCGUGCAAGUCAUAAAGUGUGAAAGUGUGCAAGUGACAUACGUCUUCUCUCAGAAACUGUCUCGCGUCGUGAUCUGACCUUACUCUUUGUCACAGAGGUAGCUAACAUUGCCAGAUGGACAGCAAUGACAAUGCAGGAAGCACUUCUUCAGCUGUGUUUGCGAGUACCAGGAGAGGAAGACACAGACAUAACGUUGCCGCUGGCAACAGCUAACCACAACUCUACCAUGGAAACAGUCAGUAGAGUUCUUAACCAAACAGUGGAAGCAUUCGAUUAUGAGGAUGAAGAAGGAGAUAUCAUAACAGUUAGAGGCGAGGAGGACUUUAGUGCAAUGAUAACAAUGUAUCUGGAACAGCUGCAGGAUGCGCUUAACACCGGUAGUCAGCUGACACCAUUGCUACUGCAUCCGCGAGUUGGGAAAACUGCAGGGAAAAGAAAUCUACAUGGAUUGAAAAUACAGACGUACAAGACUAGCGAGGAAGAGGUGGAACAGAAGGGAGACAGCGGCGGCGUGUUCAUACCAGAGACGAGCGAUGAUGCAUGCAUGGACACCUCUCCUGUCAGGACCCCGGGGAGAACCCCCACCAGUGUAAAGCAACAGCAUCAGGACAUAACUGCAAUUUUAGCCCUCGGGCACAUCAAUAACUCAGACCUGGAAUAUCUAGAGAAACUAGGCCACGGUAGUGGUGGUACUGUCUACAGAGCGGAACACAGACCAAACAAGCUGGUGAUGGCUGUGAAGGUCAUACCACUUGAUAUCACUCCGAGUGUUCAGAAGGAGAUCAUGUCUGAGUUGGAGGUUUUAUACAAAUGCAACUCUCCUGUGAUAAUAGAUUUCUAUGGUGCUUAUUUUAUUGAGAACCGAAUUUCGAUUUGUACCGAAUUCAUGGACGGAGGUUCGUUGGACAGGUAUGGGCAGAUUGAGGAGCUGGUGGUUGGUCGCAUCGCUGUGGCGGUCGUUAAAGGUCUGCUCUACCUGUGGAGCCUCAAGAUCAUGCACCGAGAUGUGAAGCCUUCGAACAUCCUGGUGAACACGAGAGGACAGAUUAAACUCUGCGACUUUGGUGUUAGCACACAGCUAGUCAAUUCUAUCGCAUUGACAUUUAUUGGAACGAAUGCUUACAUGGCGCCCGAGAGGAUCCGAGGCCACGAAUACAGCAUCCACUCCGAGGUGUGGAGUGUCGGAAUCUCGCUGCUGGAGAUGGCUCUGGGACGCUUCCCCUACGAAUCUCAACAUGCUAGUCCUGAAACCUCCGUUCUUCGGCCUUUGGAACUUUUGCAUCGAAUACUUAGUGAAGAGCCACCCUCACCUCCCAGUGACUUGUACUCGGUCCUCUUCCGAGACUUUGUCUCUAAAUGCAUGAAGCAAAAUCCCAGAGAGCGGCCACGACCUGAACAGCUUAUGAAGCACCCGUUGAUCGUAGUAAACGACGAUAACAACACGGCUGUGAUUGCUACGUGGCUCCAGGAGAAACUGCAAGCAAGGCACGUGCUGCCACCUGUCCCAUUGUAAGCUCUCGUCGGAUGCAUUCCAUCGGAAUCCCGCGCAGGCGCGUGCUGCCACCUGCCGUUGUACAGACACGUGCUGCCACCUAUCGCAAUGUUAGGGCGUAUGUCUAUAACACUGCGUAGGAAGGUGGCGCCACCUGUUGCUUCAUCACGCAUCAUCGAGGUUUGUAUUGUGAUACAUCGACAAAUCGUCCCCCCCACACACACACACACCCCACCUACAAUCAGGACAAGUUCCUGCUGUUUACCAGGGGUGUAGCCAGGAUUUUCAAAGUUGUAGGCACGACUAUCUGAGCGAAGCGCCACCAUCGGUUGGGGCGAAGC